CACCCCGCAGACCCCGGCUGGGCUUCCAUCAACCGCGGGGUGCUCAUCUGCGACGAGUGCUGCAGCGUGCACCGCAGCCUGGGCCGCCACAUCUCCAUCGUCAAGCACCUGCGCCACAGCCCCUGGCCCGCCACCCUGCUCCAGAUGGUGCACACCUUGGCGAGCAACGGGGCCAACUCCAUCUGGGAGCACUCGCUGCUGGAUCCAGCCCAGGUGCAGAGCGGGCGCCGGAAGGCAAACCCCCAGGACAAAGUGCACCCCACCAAGUCAGAGUUCAUCCGCGCCAAGUACCAGAUGCUGGCCUUCGUCCACAAGCUGCCCUGCCGGGACGACGACGGCGUCACCGCCAAGGACCUCAGCAAGCAAUUGCACUCCAGCGUGCGGACGGGCAACCUGGAGACCUGCCUGCGCCUGCUCUCGCUGGGUGCCCAGGCCAACUUCUUCCACCCGGAGAAGGGCACGACGCCGCUGCACGUGGCCGCCAAAGCCGGGCAGAUCCUGCAGGCAGAGCUGCUGGUGGUCUACGGCGCCGACCCCGGGGCACCCGAUGUCAACGGCCGGACCCCCAUCGACUACGCCAGGCAGGCAGCCCAGCACGAGCUGGCGGAGCGGCUGGUGGAGUGCCAGUACGAGCUGACCGACCGGCUGGCAUUUUACCUCUGUGGCAGAAAGCCAGACCACAAGAAUGGGCACUACAUCAUCCCGCAGAUGGCUGACAGCCCGGCCCCCAGCGAGCGGCCGGAGCACGGCCCCCCCCCGGGCACGGCCGCCCCCCACCGCCGGGACCGCCAGGCCUUCUCCAUGUACGAGCCGGGCUCGGCGCUGAAACCCUUCGGGCAGCCGGCGGAGGAGCUGCUGCCCCGACUGCUGCCCUUCGGCGCCGGCGAGGUGGAGGACGAGGCUCUGUACUCCAUGCACAUCCCGGCCAGCGUGUACCGGAUGCGGAAAGGUCCGUCUGCCUCCUCAGUGCCCUUUCCCCCGUCCUCCCCGCUGCUCUCCUGCCCGCCCGACGGUGCCCGGCACAUGAGCAAGCUGGACCGGCACGGCAGCGGCACCGACAGCGACUACGACAACACGCAGGCGGGUGAGGUGCUGAUCAGCAUGGAGGGGAAGCGAUUUGUGGAGCUGAGCAAGGACGAGGACUUCCCCCACGAGCUGGACCCACUGGAUGGGGAGCUGGACCCUGGGCUGCCCAGCACCGAGGACGUCAUCCUCAAAACCGAGCAGGUCACCAAGAACAUCCAGGAGCUGCUGCGGGCAGCACAGGAGUCCAAGCAUGACAGCUUUGUGCCCUGCUCGGAGAAGAUCCACUCGGCUGUGACGGAGAUGGCAUCGCUCUUCCCCAAGAAGCCGGCACUGGAGACGGUGCGGAGCUCCCUGCGGCUGCUCAACACCAGCGCCUACCGGCUGCAGAGCGAGUGCCGCAAAACCGUGCCCCCCGAGCCGGGCGCCGCCGUGGACUACCAGCUCCUGACCCAGCAGGUCAUCCAGUGUGCCUACGACAUCGCCAAGGCCGCCAAGCAGCUGGUCACCAUCACCACCCGCGAGAAGAAGCAGUGAGCGCCGGCACGUACC